GCUGUGAACGCAUCAAGUUAUCGAUUAUUGAUUGUGUAAGCACGCAGUUUGCGUUUGUAGGAUUAAAAUAAAUUAAAUUAAUCAUGGAAAAGCUGGUCUGUUCUAGCAUGAAAAUCAUGCAGAUGCAGAUGCCCCAAAUGGCAACUGCGGGAAUGGGAAUGUUGUUGCCAAGUCUGCAGAACAUGAUCCAAAUGCAGCAGGUGCGCCAUCGUCAGACCAAGCACUGGAAGCCAGAGUUUAAACGUUUGCGCAAGCAGAAAUUUGUGAAAAUUGAUCUGCCCAAUUUGCGCGAGAAACCCGAAGAUAUAACCAAGGAGGAGAUGCGUAGCCGGAUGAAGGAACGCGGCGUAUUGCCGCCACGUCCGUGGAUGGAACGACCGUUUCAUAUUAGCUGCACCGGAGGCAUCUUCGAGGCAUAUGUACCGCCAGAGGGAGACGGCAAGAAGUCAAUCAUUUCGACUUCUGGUGCCAAGCAAAAGUUCGAAUUUCUGGAGAAGAAAUCCAAAAGUCUUUUGGCUGUCAGGAAAAUACGCUCGUACGAGGAGAGUUUUAGCACAGACGAUUUUGGCGCAGAGGCCCAGGAGAUUUAUAUAGCUGCGCAUACGCAUAUGGCGGCCAAGGAGAAGUACAAAGUCCGUGAAUUUGUCACUGAGCGCUGCUACCCAGAAAUGAUGCACAAUGUCAAGGACAAGACCAUACAUUGGCGUUUCCUGCAGUCUCUGGAGCCUCCACGCGUUGUGCAUGCCCGUUGCACAGAGGUCAUCACCAAGGAGAAUCAAUUUGCUCAGGUCACCGUCCGGUUUCACACACAACAAAUGCUGGCCAUCUAUGAUCGCUUUGGUCGCCUAAUGCACGGCAGUGAGAUCCUUACCAAGGAUGUGCUGGAGUAUGUUGUCUUUGAGAAACACAUUUCCAAUGAGUACGGCAAAUGGCGUCUGCACGACAAGAUCAUUCCCGAUUGGCUUCCACCCAAGCAGCCAGCACCCAUCACAUACCGCAUUUCGGACGAGCCAGUCGAAGAGGCGACUAAGGAGAUCACCGCUGGCGAGCAGACAAAGCAACUGGAGUCGGGCAGCGAUCAGCAAAAGGAGCAACUGAAUGUAGUCAACGCUGCAGCCACAUCCGCAUCCCAGCAGCCUGAGACCAGUGGGAAACCAACUCUGGCCAUUUGAUUGUACUUUUUAUGGGCUGCCUGGCGGCUCAGAAGAUUUCAAGUUAAUGUUGCACAAUAAUUUCUGAGAAUAAGCUAUGGCAUAAGAUACGGAUCAGUUUACAUAUAUGUAUUUUUUAAACACC